CGUCAAAACUAAGCGGGGGGCGAGUCGAAGCGCAGGCGUGGAGCGCGAGCUGAACGAAGGUUUCUUCCUCGUGAAUGAACCCCGCACACCUCGUCCGUCUGCACCCUGAUGCCCGUGGGGGUGCGCACACCGGCGGGGAACAGCGCAGGAGCCUCCCGCCGAUGAGCCGCGGACAGUAGCCCCUUCAUCCCGCCGGGAGCGACGCGACCAGGAACGAUGCUCGAUGGACUCCGGCGGAGGCAUGCCUCCCGGUCCUCCCCCCGACCCCUUUCUCUCAACUUUAGCACCUUCUCGGCCCCUCCUCUGAGCCCAGACCUGGACGGCAGCAGCUCCAGUGCCAGCGAGCACCCGAUCAGGAGGACUCUGCACCGGCUCAAGUUGAUGAGCUCUCCGAGCCUCAGCGAGCUCGGGAAGAGUGAGAAAAGUUCGCCGGAGGACAGAGGGGAGAAGCAAAAGCGGGCCGGAGCCAACGCCACCUGGAACAGCAUCCACAACGCUGUCAUAGCGGUCUUCCAGAAGAAAGGCUUGGCUGAUAAUGAACUUUACACCCUCAACGAAGGCGUCCGACAUCUGUUAAAGACUGAGCUGGGCUCCUUCUUCUCAGAAUACCUUCAGAACCAGCUGCUCACCAAAGGGAUGGUCAUCCUCCGGGACAAAAUAAGGUUCUAUGAAGGUCAGAAGUUACUCGACUCACUGGCGGAGACCUGGGACUUUUUCUUCUGCGAUGUUCUCUCCAUGCUGCAGGCCAUUUUUCACCCAAUUCAGGGUAAGGAGCCCUCCGUCAGGCAGCUGGCUCUGCUUCACUUCAGGAACACCAUCGUCUUGAGUGUAAAGUUAGAGGACGCCUUGUCUCGCCCGCGGGCCCGCGUGCCCCCCUCUGUCACACAGAUGCUGCUUAUUCUACAAGGGGUCCACGAGCCCCGUGGUGUGAAUGAGGACUACUUACGGUUGGAGUCUCUGGUUCAGAAGGUGGUCUCGCCCUACCUGGGCACCCAUGGGCUUUACUCUGGAAACAAGGCUGAGGAUCAUUGCUGUGUUUUGGACAAGCGUUUGCCGUGGGGCUGGCCCAGGUCUGCAGACCAGCCGUCUAAAAACCCCGUGGUACGAUCAAAAAGCUACAAUAUCCCUCUGCUGCUGACCCCGGUGGCCGAGUACGACCCAGACGCCAGCUCGGUCGGCAGCGGAGGAAUUCGGCGCCACUCGGCUUGUGAGAUGAUUUCAUGCCUGGAGGAACAAGGACUGGCCUACUCUGACCUGGCCCCGGGCUCGGAGCUGUCAGGUCCCUCCUCUAACAGACUGUGUGUGGGCUCUCAGUUCAACGGAGCCGGUGCCUUGGACUUGACUCUGUCGUCUCCCUCCAUCCUUCAUUCCUCCGGAGCCCUCCACGGCACCGAGGCAACAACGACAGUAACCGAUCUCAGCAUGGGGGCGUCCUCCACGCCGUCCAGUGUAUCAUCCAGCCCCGAAACCAUAAUCGGACAAGUGCUCGAGUCUGCCGGCUCAGACUCAGACGGGAUAUUCAUUGAGUUCCCGCGUCACUCUUCAGAGAACAUGGGGCGUAGCCGUGAGAGCAGGCAGAGCACUGUGUAGCUGCGGGGCGUUUAGGGACCCACAGCAAGCCUGUACAAAAAUAUUUUGAGGGGAACAAACAGCUUCUUACUACAUUUCAACCAGUAGGUACCAUCUUCCUUUUUAUGUUUGUCCAAUAACUCCAUGGCAGCAUUCUUCCACGUGCUCUCACUGGUGAAUGAAACCUUUUUAACUCUUAAUGUAACGUUUACGCAUCUAAAAAAAUCAUGCAUGUUGAGCUACACAUGAAGUGGUACUUAUGUUGCAGGACUGAAUGUGAGUCCCUCCCAAAGUCGACACUUUUAUUCCUGAUAAAACCAAAAUGAACUUGAACUAUUAACAGGUAAAUGCACCUGUAGCCUCAGCUGCACCGUCAAUCUUAAUUCUUGGACAGUUAAAGCUUAAUGGAGCAUCAACAAUGUUUUCAUCUGCAGCUGAACUUCGUCCCCAGCUACCGAUGUGCAAUGAUGCAUGUAGUUUGCCAUCGAAAAGUUUUGUACGCAAAAAAAAAGUGUUUUUAUGUUAUUUAUAAGUGAAACAGCAUUUCAUUAAUUCACAUCUAAAGAAUGGUCUCCAGCAGAAAUAACAAACUGAACAAAACUAUAAGAGAAAUAAAAUAAGAGUCUGAUUCUUUGUUUAACUCGGAUAUCUCUAGUGAGGUAGACAUCUUUUUCUCCUCUUCAGGAGGGGAUCAUAAAAUGCUACGAUUUUCACACGCAGGUUGUAUUUGAACACGUUUAUCGGUUUGUUUUGUACUUAACGUAAUCUGAAACGAUGCAGAAUUAUCCUGCUUUGCUUUUCCACGUCGACUUUGAGGAGUUUGAGGAAAAUACACGUGAAAGUUUUUUGUUUACAUUUGACAAAAACAGGAAAAUUUCAACUGAAUGUCGUCUCACUGUAUUUUGCACCACCACUACCAUGUAAAUAAAAAUGGAUUUGUUUUUUUUAAGAUGACUAGAUAAUGUAAAGUGAACAUUUCUUGUAAGUUUAAUUGAAUUGUUAACAAGGGCUUUUUUAAUGAAUCUUUUUUUAAUGAUGUUUU